CACUCCACCCAUCUCGUCGUAUUCUAUAGAAAAGGUUUACAUUGGAUGUAGGCCUAUUGAUUUCAAUGUAUGACAUGUACAACAAAUUAUGUUCCCUUGUGAAUAGGAGAACCCAUGAGGAUAUGUAUCUAUUCAGUAUAAUAUUGAACCAAGAAAUCCAAAGGCUAUCAACCCAGGUUAUAAGAGUGAAGUGGACACUCCAUGCACGAGAGGAAAUUGUGUUUGAGCUUCUUCAGCACUUGAGAGGGGAUGCCGCAAAGAGCUUGCUAGAAGGAGUAAGAAAGGGUGCAAGGGAAAUGAUUCAAGAGCAAGAAGCAGUUCGUGGUCGCUUGUUUACUAUUCAAGAUGUGAUGCAGAGCACUGUUCGUGCAUGGUUGCAGGACAAAAGCCUCACAGUGACGCAUAACUUGGGAGUUUUUGGGGGUUGUGGCCUUGUUCUUUCUGUCAUUACUGGCCUUUUUGGGAUCAAUGUGGAUGGAAUACCAGGAAACGAAGGAUCUCCGUAUGCAUUUGCUCUGUUUUCUGCUGUUCUGGUCAUGUUAGGGGUUAUACUAAUUGGAAUUGGAUUGGUUUACCUUGGAUUAAAACAACCCAUUGUUGAAGAGGAUGUUGAAGUUAGAAAACUAGAGCUCCAAGAACUGGUUAAGAUGUUUCAGAAAGAAGCAGAAUCUCAUGCACAGGUACGAAAAACUGUUCCGAGAACCAACCCAACUGCUGCAGGUAGACCCCCAGAGAGUGCUGCACGUUAUGUUCUCAUCAGCUGAACAAAUAAUGCGCAAGUUGUCCGUUACGCCAUAGGCAUGCGGUAGACUCGUACAUGACGCAGGUUAUGUUCUCAUCAGCUGAACCAAUUUUCUUUUUCUUUUUUUAGUUUGACAGCUGAACAAAUAAUAAGAAGUUGUUAAACUUUCUUCAUGUGUUCUCCAACCGAAAAACAAAACUUUCUUCAUAGAGUAAUGCAUUUAUGCUUCAUAAUACCAAAAGGGUUCUUGGA